ACAGCGGCAAAGCCAACUCGCACCUACGACGACGUAAUUAAAACUUGAAGCUUGUGCACCGCACGGAGAAAGUGUAAAGUGUAAAGUGAAAGCAAAAUUUACAAGUCUACCACAAUAAAAGCAUUAAAAAAGUACGAUAGCUAAUAGAAUAUGGAGGUUUCGUCCGUCGAAAAAUCAGAGUCGGAUGUUUUUGUGGAAGCGCUGAGCGAUGAGGACUUGGCUCACGAGGAGGAGAUUUUAAGAAACCCAUUUUCUGUGAAGCAUUGGAUUCGGUACAUCACCCAUCUCAAGACUGAUAAAAAGAACAGGAAGGAUCCAAGAAGACUUUAUCUUGUAUAUGAGAGAUCCUUGAAGGAACUUCCUGGCUCCUAUAAAUUAUGGCAUGCUUACCUUGUGUUUCGAAAAAGUCACACGUUAAGGAAAGGUCCCAGAGACCCUUCAUUGCAGGAGUUGUAUGUGACGUUCGAAAGAUCCCUUGUGUUCAUGAACAAAAUGCCCAGAAUCUGGAUUGAGUACUGCGAUUUUGCUGUGAAAACUGGCCGUGUUACGCAGACAAGGAAGAUCUUUGAUCGAGCUUUGAGGUCACUUCCAAUUACUCAGCAUCACAGGAUAUGGCCGAGUUACGUGAACUUUGUCACAAAGCAACAUACGAUUCCAGAAACAGCUAUUCGAAUUUAUAAGCGAUACUUAAAGCUAUGCCCUGAGCACGGCGAGGACUUUAUCGAGUAUUUAUUAUCUGUCGGUCAUUUGGAUGAAGCUGCCGUGAGAUUGGCAAAUCUUGUGAAUGAUGAAAAUUUCAACUCAAGAAAGGGAAAAUCCAACUAUAUGCUUUGGGCAGAACUGUGUGAUCUUAUUUCAAAAAACCCAAAGGAAAUAAAAUCUUUGGACGUUGAUGCUAUUAUUCGUAGUGCAUUAAGGAGAUAUACCGAUCAAAUUGGAUCACUCUGGACCAGUUUAGCUGAUUAUUAUGUCAGAUCAGGAUUAUUUGAAAGGGCUCGCGACAUUUAUGAAGAGGGAAUUAGAAGUGUUACCACAGUUCGAGAUUUUUCUCAAAUAUUCGACGCAUAUGCUCAAUUUGAGGAAGUUUCUUUGACAAAGUUGAUGGAGUCUGAUGGAUUUGACGACAUUGUAAUAGAGAUGCGUCUAGCCCGUUUAGAAAAUCUGAUGGAACGCCGACCCAUUCUUGUUAAUUCCGUUCUACUUCGCCAAAACCCGCACAACUGUAAUGAAUGGUUGAAACGGGUCGACUUGUUGAAGGAAAAGCCCAAGGAGGUCAUAGCAGCAUUCACAGAAGGCGUGCAAACGGUUGACCCCAAACAAGCAGUUGGAAAACUGAAUGCAUUAUGGACCUCAUUUGCAAAGUUCUAUGAGGAGGCAGAUCAAUUGGAAGAUGCCAGAGUAAUAUUCGAAAAAGGAACGCAAGUAAACUACCUGAAAGUCGACGAUUUGGCCCACGUGUGGUGCGAGUGGGCAGAAAUGGAAUUGCGACACAAAAACCACAAUGAAGCACUUCGUUUAAUGUACACUGCAACAACUCCACCGACUGGAGUAAAAGUUUCUUAUGCCGAUGAAACUGCUACGGUACAAGCACGAUUAUAUAAGAGUUUGAAGCUCUGGUCAUUCUAUGCAGACUUGGAAGAAUCCUUCGGUACAUUCAAAACAUGCAAAGCAGUUUACGACCGUAUUAUAGAUCUCAAAAUUGCAACUCCACAAAUCAUUAUGAAUUAUGCCCUAUUUUUGGAGGAAAAUCAAUAUUUUGAAGAAUCUUUCAAAUCCUAUGAGAAGGGAAUUAGUUUGUUCAAAUGGCCUCAUGUGUAUGACCUUUGGAACACAUACCUUUCUAAGUUUUUGGAUCGGUACGGAGGAGAAAAAAUAGAGCGUGCCAGGGAUCUGUUUGAACAGUGCAUAGACACUGUACCCCCAAAAUACGCAAAGAAUUUCUAUUUGCUAUAUGCCAAACUUGAAGAAAAACACGGAAGUGCACGUCGAGCAAUGAAUAUUUAUGAAAAAUCAACAAAGGCAGUGGACAAGAAAGAUCAGUAUCAGAUGUUCAACAUUUAUAUUCAAAAAGCUGCCUCUUUGUAUGGUGUUACAAAAACUCGUCCAAUUUUUGAAACUGCAAUGGAAACACUGUCUGAUUCUGACGCAAGACAAAUGGGAAUAAGAUUUGCAGAACUUGAAACUAAAUUGGGAGAAAUUGACAGGGCUCGUGCUAUUUUUGCUCACACUUCUCAGAUUUGUGAUCCACGGGUAUCAUCAGAUUUCUGGGCUGCGUGGAAGGAUUUUGAAGUUCGUCACGGGAAUGAAGAUACGAUUCGAGAAAUGCUUCGUGUGAAACGAUCCAUUCAAGCAAUGUAUAAUACCCAGUUCACUGCUCAUCUCAUUGCCCAGCAAACUCAGCUUUCUGCAGCAGCAGGAGUUCAAUCCCAGGCAUCGGGAGAAAGCACUACUACAUCAGCAAUGAAGGAAAUGGAGGCAGCAAUGGAAGUUGAGAAACCCUUGAAAAGACCAGACCAAGUUUCUUUCGUACGAGGUGAUACCCUAGUUCAAACACAUAAUGCAGAAAAGACUGUAGCCAACCCGGAUGAAAUAAACUUGGAUGAAGACGAAGAAGAUGAUGAUGUGGCUGACAAAGGCGAAGAAAAUGAAGAUAUGGAGGUGGAGAAAGCACACAUCCCAUCCGCCGUCUUUGGCUCUUUAAAACCUGUGGAUAGGGAUGCAGAUGACGAAAAUGCUGAUGCUGAUGACUAGUGUGUAUGUACACUGUAUCGAUGUGGAUUGUUUUUUACCUGGUAUAUCAUUAUUCUCAGAUUAAUAAAUAAUUUUUACAAAGA